AUGGCUACUUGGACCUGUAUUUUGGAAGUGUGCGUUGACAGCUUGGAAUCGGCCAGAAACGCUGAGCGAGGUGGUGCCAGUCGUCUGGAGCUCUGCUCGAGCCUGUCACUGGGAGGUUUAACGCCCACCGUCGGUUUCGUUCAGUCAGUGAAAAAAUGUGUCAAGUUGCCCGUCUUUGCCAUGAUACGGCCACGUGAAGGUGAUUUCGUCUACGAUCGAGACGAACUCGACGUCAUGGAGCAGGACGUCAAUUCGCUCAAGGAGAUUGGAGUCGAUGGAUUUGUCUUUGGUGCCAUCCAUCCAGACGGCGCCGUUGAUCGAGAAGCCUGUCUUCGAUUGAUUAGAUCUGCCUAUCCAUUACCGUGCACUUUUCAUCGGGCUUUUGACGUUUCGGCGGAUGCUUUCGUCGCCAUGGAGGAGAUAAUCCAGUUGGGAUUUCGCCGGAUUCUGACGAGCGGUCAGCGUGAGUCGGCCGAAGCCGGCCUGGAACUCAUUGUCCGAUUGCGAGAAAAAGCCGAUGGGCGAAUCGUCAUCAUGGCGGGCGCAGGUGUGACGGAAAAGAACGCCGCUUCGAUUGUGUCGGCCUCUGGAGUUGUUGAGAUUCACGGUUCGGCCAGCCGCCAAUGUGACUCUCAUCUCAACUCGAUCCGAAUGGGUAGCGGGCCGGAAGUCGGGCGCAAACGGGUCACCCAUUCGGAUCUCGUCCGACUCAUCGUUCAGUCCAUAUCCGGCCACGCUCCAAUUACCUGUCAAACAAACUGA